AUGGAAUCUAUCGCAAAUCCUCUUUAUUUCUUCUCAAACUUAUCAUUGAAUCCACCGUCCUGCUCUAAUGUGGUACGAUUUAUUGAUGUCCUCGAAUUUUUCUUCGUUGCACAUCCAUUGUCGGGGCGAAAAGAAGGAGAAGAACACAAACGUGUAAUGUAUUUUCAUCCAAAAGGAGAACAAUUAGAAAGACAGUCCGAGAUUACUGGGUUCGCAGAAGCAGUUGUCAACUUCACUGAGAAUUUUUUAAGCACUUCUCAUCGAGAUAUAAGUGAAAAACUUACCGAAAGCGACGAUGGAUUCGAUUUCAGAACAGUGACUACACAAAGAACGGAACACGUUUACAUUCGAACAGAAGAUGAUCAGUUCAUGCUUGGUGUAUCCAUUUCAAAACAACUAUCACAUGUUUCUGAUUAUCCAUUGUUCCAACCAGCAAUACGAAGUAUUCUCUCAGAUGCUUACAAAAUGUUCAGAAUGUUCUUCGGCACGUUUUCUUCGUCUAUCAAAACAGUUCCUGACGACAUUCCAAAAUUCAAAGAGCGUCUGGAUUUCUUUUUCUCUAAAUACAUUCCACUACUCAAAGUUCACAAGAUGCCUCUUCUUGACCAUCUCGGCGGAGUAGAAUUUCUUCGAAUGUCUGGUCCUUUGUAUUUGAACGUCGUCUCUCUUAUCACAGAACUUCGUGAAGAGUUUCCAAUAAUAGAGAAAGUCAUGUUCUUGUAUCAAGACAAGCUUCUCUACUAUCAACUCUCUAAACGAGAUCUCCCAUCUCUGUUCCGAUAUUUAACUCAUAAUUUACUGCCAACUACGCUAGCACCAGAACUUGAACAUUCUGGGAGAAAUGCAUCGAAAGGAAGAUAUCUGCGAGGCCCGACCGACUUGACAACAGAUGUACCGUUACUGGGUGACGAAUCACUUUCGGUUGUACACUUGCAUUCAGAGCAAGAAGCUGAGUUUCAAGACGAGCUAGUUGGAUACCAGAUGAUGGUUUAUCGAUGCCUCAAUGCAACCGUUUGCAUGUUCGUAAGAAAUUCCGCAUCAUUUACGAACGGAGAUUCAGAUAGAAGGGAUUCAGAUGUUUCUCAGUCAUCUUCGAUACGUUCCAGUCCCCCACAAAAUGGAGUCGUCAGUCGGAGAUUACUACGUAAUGUCGAUCAGUUUUUAGAAACAGAACUUGCUCAAGUAGCCAGUAAAAUCGGUGAUGAAGUUGGUGAUGAGAAACUCACGGAUGCUACCGAUUUCCAUUAUAUAUAUUUCAACCCAUCUUCGUUAUCAAUGACAUCAAGUCUCUCAACUUCUCCAUCUCUUUCGGUGGCUGCUUCUGGAUCAGCUUCCACAUCAAAAGUACCAUUACCACCAGUUGAUGUUAAUCGGCUAGUGUGUGACACAAUGAACAAUUUCGUUUCGGAAACGGAAGAAUUCGGAGAAUGUUUCGUUAAAUCGUCUAGCGAUUGGUGGAUAGUUAUCAAAAAAGUAAAUUCUCGUCUUCUUGUUCUGAUACUACCUCCAUCAAGUUACACAUCAUCACUCGCCGAUGUUCAAUCGAAAACUGCCACAAUCGUUCGAUCACAUUUUGAAGCUAUAUUUUUUAGUUAA